UUCUAUCCUUAUAUGCGUCAAAAGUCAAAUUUCCCUUACCAUAUUAUCUCUCUCUCUCUCAGUCACGAGCCCACGCUGCAGCUACAGUUACCACGCUAAAACAUCACGAACGUACGAACCACGGCCUGCCGAGUGCCGCCGCGUUUACUGGACUGCGGACGCUGCUUCCACUAUCGCAGUUCUCGCCCGCCCGCACGCACUCCACGCCGCCGGCCAAGUGAAACCUGUAGUGAAUCCAAUGGCUGAAAGCGUGUGAAUAAAUCUAAGAACAAGGUAGCAGACGACGCCCAAAAAUGUUACUUGAGAAACCCCAAUUCGACCCAAAGGGGCCUCCUCCUCCUCUUCACCAAACUGAUGUAGACGAUGAUGAUGACAACGUCAAACAACUCAAAGAGUGUUCUUCUCUCUACUUGGCCUUACAGGAUUGUCUUGUAAACACCAACAGGAAUUGGAAAUCUUGCCAGAAAGUUCAAGCGUUGAAGUCAUGCAAUGAGAGGAAAAAGAACGACAAAGGCAAGUGAAGGCAUAGAGUCUGAUUAUAAAUUCAGCGGCUUCUUUUCCCCCUAAAAAGUACUGUAUCCAAUGGAUAUAUAUUUCACGUAAAAUUAUUAAUUUUUUUUAAUAAAUUGUUGGAUUUCGACCAAAUUGAUAAUUCUUAGCCCAAAGAUAUUCAUGCCAUUGGAAAAAUAAUAAUAAUAAUAAUAAUAAUAAUAAUAAU